GCAGAACACUUUGCAGUCGACUUGGUUGCAUGACAGCAAUUCCUAGCAGCACCAUGAAGGUCAUUUUCUUGAUGGGGUUUUUUGCUGUAUCUAUCAGGGUUGCAGGUUCUUCUAGGAUCAUUGGGGGUCACGAGGCUGCACCCCACAGCCGGCCCUAUAUGGUCUACUUGUUAAUGAUGGGAAAGGACAUUGGAAUGAAAAAUUGUGGAGGGUUUCUAAUACGAGAGGACUUUGUCUUGACCGCAGCGCACUGCAAUGCAGAAAACAUCACUGCUAUUCUUGGUGCUCAUAACAUCAUGUCUCCAGAGAAUUCUCAGCAGAUCAUUAACGUGGUGAAGGCCAUUCCUUUUCCAGCCUAUUGUAGAAGUGGCCCUAAUGAUGACAUCAUGUUGCUGAAGCUGGAGAAAAAAGCCACUCUAGAUGAAAAGGUGGCGAUUCUGCCGCUGUCCCAGAAUAAAGAAAGGCUCAAGGUUGGCAGCACCUGCUCUACAGCUGGCUGGGGCUUGGUGGAGUCAGAAGGGAGUCACAUGGUUUCUAAACUGCAAGAGGUCAACAUGUCGGUGUUCAGACGGCUGUGUGCCGCGAAAUGGGGAGCAAUGUUCACCGAAUACAUGACCUGUGCAAGCAGUCCCAUGAAAGGCGGCUGUAAUGGCGACUCUGGGGGUCCCUUGGUGUGCGAUGGCGUGGCUCACGGUGUCCUCUCAUUUAGCAGUGAGCCGUGCGGAUACUUUCCCACGGUCUUCAUGAAGAUUUCCAUGUACACUGACUGGAUCACCAGAGAGAUGGGCAGGCACUGAGGCUUCCCUUGCAAUUGCGGGGACCAGCUUAUACUGCACGUUCAGGGCUUUUAAGGGGUGCUGUACAUUGUGGCAACUCUGCCUGUGCUUGAAUCAAUCUAACACUGAUCCUCCACCCCCCAGUUCUUGUUGAGUCCACAACUAAAAGCAAUUGCUUUUGCAUCUGCUGCAGAACAGUGUUUAAUUAGAAAUCUGUGCCAUUACAGGUGACUUUAAUCUUGCAAUCCCAUUAGCAGAACUAUUAGUGCAGCUUGGCAGCACAACACAUUUCAAAUAUUGUACACAAUUUGGAAGCAAUGGGUUUCCCAGCUGUGUGCAUUACAUGCUCAUCCCAUUAUGGUAAAAAAUAUGAAAAUGUUCCCACUGUUGUGCCAAUGGGAGCCUCUUAGUGUUGUAGCCCCUCAGUACAGGACCGUUGCAUUGUCAUUGCACUACCGUGACUGCAUUACCAUUGGUGUUCAUGUAUUGUGGGUGUAUUUGAGCUCUGUGGUGCAUUGGGUCUCAUCUUAAACCAGAAUUUGCAUCAUAUACAGAGUAUAAAAGUAGCUCUUCACUCUUAUUCACACACAUUGGAAAUGUGGUAAAAGCAUGGUAGAAAAUUUUAUAAAAAGAGACACAUUACAGAUUAUCAUUACAGCUUUUGCAUUUCUAAUUAGAUUUGCUUGUAAGAAACCCUGGGCUGGGUUGUGGGUGGCAGCCCCCCUGCAUUCCAAUGCUGCUGCUUUGUGAAUACUGAAUUUCAGUAUUGAAUUUCUCAUACCUUUUUUGCAGAGUACGGUACAGCUUUUGCUCAUGCCAUAUUGCAUCUUUUCUUUUAUUGAUCACUCAUGUUGUUCAGUAUUUAAAGCUUUGUGACACACCCUGAGAUGCCUGAUAAUAAACGAUUG